ACCUUUGAGCUUGACAAACAUCUCCUCACUAUUCUCAAGUGAUGACCGUGCCUGGAAAAAGAGACAAGAAAGAAGCAAACAGAUUCGGACUUGGUCUGGGCAAAACAUUACAGGUUUCCAUCCGUGUCAUACAAACCCCCCCGCGAUAGCCGAGGUCUGGUGUUUGUAUAUUGGCAUGCCAGUUUGGGCGCAGAAGGGCCAACCACAGCGGUUUACUUACUGCCCAACAUCGAGACCAAACAGUCUCGUGUUAUAAAAGUCAGAAGCCACCUACAUUCGGUUUAGUACCGUACUCGAUCCGUUUCUGCCUUCCAUCAUCACACCAUCGCUUCCUCAACCACAAGUCUCGCGACGCUGGGGCAGUCACCAUGGCCUCGAUCAAGAGGGUCACAAAGGAGCUGGCCGAGUGCAUGGCCAGCCCGCCGGCCGGCAUGGACAUCGCGGUGCCGUCCGAGUCGGACCUGUUCCUGUGGCACGUGACGCUGCAAGGGCCGACGGCGUCGGCCUACGCGGGCGGGCAGUUCGGGCUCGUCGUGACGCUGCCGUCCGACUACCCGUUCAAGCCGCCGCUCGUCACCUUCGCCACGCGCAUCUACCACCCGAACGUGACCAACGACGCCGCCGGCAGCAUCUGCCUCUCGGCCCUCAAGCCCGAGAACUGGAAGCCCGCGAGCAAGCUGCUCGGAGUCCUCGAGGCCGUCCGCGCCCUGCUCGUCGAGCCCCAGCCCGACGACCCGCUCGAGGCCCGCAUCGCGGACGAGUACAGGAACAACCGCAAGGAGUUCGAGAAGAACGCGAAGAGCUACGUCGCCAGGUACGCAAAGAGCCCGCCCGUCUUUGGCGAGGCCGCCGCCGCCGCCGCAGCGCCCCCGCCGGCAAAGUGAGAAUCCGCGCGGGACGGAACGGGGACCUGGGAUUCGACGCUGGUGUGGGAUGGCGGGCUGCGUCCCAAUGAAGGCCAUGAUUCGUACUAGGGUCACACGAGUAUCACGCUCACACCCGGCUUGGACGGCCAAGUACGAUGGAUUCGUGAAAUUGCUCAUGAAACAGGGCGAUAGGACUCACAGCACAGGUCGGGAGAAAGAUGUAAACAUAUCCAGGAAAUGUCAUUAAUCUUUACUGGUGGUGGCAUAGCUGCACGUCUCGAUAAUGGAUAGAGAGCCCGGCCAUCACACCGGGGUUUUGCAGUAUCUAAGCUGGUGGCAAAAGUGCCUUUUUACGGAUUACUCGCCAUGGCCGCCGGUUCCCACGAAGCAUACCAAAAUACCUCGAAUGUUGGCACCAGUUCUACUGUUCUUCAGCCAACACUCUAGUCCAAUCAAACUUGCGCCACCGCUUCUUGAAGUCGUCGACUCGGUUGUCCUGCUUGGUCCAGCGCCCAUGCUUCUUGAUGACAUCGAUGUCCGAGUCCAGCAUGCCGCCGAUGAUUUCGCGGGCGAACAGGUCGCCGCGCGGCCACCUGGUCUCGUCCUCGACCACGUGACCCAGCCCGCCGUCGAGGUUGAACCAGACGUGGAAGUAGGGCGCCUCCUUGGCGAUGCUCUUGCGGAACGCCGCGCGGCCCAGGCCCUCGCGCGCCUUCUUGCCCGUGUCGAUGUACUUCUUGUGCUGCGACCACUCCUCCUCGGUCGAUAGCAUGGCCUCGCGGAAGAAGGCCGGGGCCGUGUCGCCCUGGUCGUAGGGGAUCGGCA